CGUUCGUGUAUCAUGAUAACACGAAUUUGAAUCUUGAAUUGGUCUAUUCUUAAUUAUUUCUCUCUCUCACAUUCUCUCUACUUCUAAAUUGUUGAUUUGAUUUCUCUGAUGUGCAUUAAUUGAGACUAUUUAGUUAAAUUAAUUGUGAAAUUAUCAACUAUCUGAAUCACAAAAUAGUUUCCCUUUUCUGUAUGUGUGAUGAUAAAAUGAUAAAGUUGAUGAUCUCUGUUGAUUGUUGUGUUAGACUGAGUGUGUUGACAGUCAACAACAACAACACCAACACCUACAAUAGUGUUUAUAGUUAUCAUAUUAUCGUUAAUCAUCAUCCGGAAGGAAAUAAAUAUAAUCCACUGAUUGGAUUAAUUAAAGUGAUAUGAAGAGACAAAAUAUCCGAACUCUUUCAUUGAUCGUCUCAACAUUUACCUAUCUACUUGUUGGAGCUGCCAUUUUUGAUGCCUUUGAAUCUGAACAUGAAGUUAUUCAGAGAAAUGCCCUGGAAACAAUUGAAUCAAUGUUGAAACGUAAAUACAACAUGUCCGAACAAGAUUUCAAAAUAUUGACCACAGUAGUGAUUAAAAGUGUGCCCCACAAAGCCGGUGUCCAGUGGAAAUUUGAAGGAGCCUUUUAUUUUGCUACGACAGUUUUAACAACAAUAGGUUAUGGACACUCGACACCGGCCACUUGGGGAGGAAAAACUUUUUGUAUGUUUUAUGCUCUGGCGGGAAUACCCUUGGGUCUAGUGAUGUUUCAAAGUAUUGGUGAACGUUUAAAUACCUUUGUAGCAUAUUCGUUACGUUAUUGUAAAAAAUGUUUCAAGAUGAAAAACAAAGAGGUAUCUGAGACCAAUUUAGUGAUGUUCGUCCUUUUCCUAUCGACGUUAGUGAUGACCACAGGAGCCGCUGCAUUCUCGAAGUGGGAGAGAUGGAGCUAUUUUGAUGCAUUUUAUUAUUGUUUUAUUACACUGACCACAAUUGGAUUCGGUGAUUAUGUUGCCCUUCAGAAAGAAUCGGCUCUUCAAAGCAAACCUGAAUACGUUAUUUUCAGCCUUGUCUUUAUCCUUUUCGGCCUUUCCGUUGUUUCUGGAGGUAUCAAUCUAUUGGUGUUACGUUUUCUUACCCUUAACACGGAAGAUGAGAGGAGAGACGAAGCUGAAGCCGCUCUAACGGCAGCCGGAGCUGUUCACCUUGAAGGUGAUGUGAUUACUGCCAAUGGUAGUAUUAUUUCAGGCCAAGGACCGGACAUGGUUACCCCUGAUUCGGAUGAUGUUCAAUCAGUUUGUUCAUGUACCUGUUAUAAUAAUCAAAGGUACAGUAGAUCACGUUCUUGGAGACGAUCUUCACCCAAAAAAUAUUCCUUCUCAGGUCGCCGUGGUUCCAAUGAACCAACUGGUCCAACGGGUCACAAUGGACCAUCAAGGUCAAGGAUACGAAGACGAGAAGGAGCAUCAAGAUUUUUACCCUUAUCAAUGUUUCGGUCCAUAUCGGGUUCUUCUGAUACACCCGAUCCUGAGUCAAUCAUUGGUAUGGAUGAUGAUAAAGCACCGGCUCAUAUGUUUAUCAAUGCAACAGAUUUUGACCUAGAAAGUUAUGAAAAUUAUAAAAAACGAGCAAGUAUUUAACAGAAUCAACAACAGUUAAUAUAUAAUAAUAAAACUCUGAGGAUAAAAUUGCCUAUGGAAACUCAGAAACAUGGUUACAAAUUACAGGAGAACUUUGGAAAAAGAUUCAACCGGAUAUAAAGGGUGUUUCUAUUUGAUUUUGGUUCGAAAUUAAGAGAAGAAGAAAACUCAAUCCACUUUAUCGUAUGAAGAGGAUGUGAUAAUUAGUAAAAAUGAUGAUGAGAUGAUUGGCGAUCAAUUGAUUACAAAUGUAAUUAUCUUCAUCUCGAUUUACACCAGGAGAUAAUUGUGAUGAAUAUUGGGUGAGUUUUCUGCUUGAAUCAAGUGGAACACCCUUUUAGUUCAGUGUUACAUCAUUUUGAUUAUCAUCAUCAUCAUCAUCAUCAUCAUCCUCUGGAAAUGAACCGGAAAUUAUUGUAGAGUCUAAAUUAUGUGCAAUCUAUUUGAUCAACAAUUUAACACUCUUUUCCUUUGGAAACCAAUGGAUUCUGUAAUUAAAAAGACCAACUCACUAACCUUGGAUAUGGAUUUUAAAUUGACACAAUUGGAUUAACUAAAUUAAUCUAUCAAUCAAUUUCUCUUCUUCCUCCCAAUGUUUUUCUUACUCAUCUCUCAUAUGUAAACUUAUCAUCAUCAUCGUCAUCAUUUACAUUCACACCAAAAGAAUCAAACUAAUCAUUUGAAUCUAAAAACAGUUACAACAAUUAACACUAAUUGUCAAUUUGUUACAAUAUUACAUUGGAAUACUCAUCUUUUUUUUUUGAUUAAAUUCAAAUUAAGUUACAAAAUAUACAAAUUUAACUUGAACGCAAAGAUUAAAUUAUCAAUUGUUA